ACAGUUAGGUAAAAUCCUUGUUUACAUCCUUUAUGUGUUAUGCAAUGAGCAUUGUAACAAUUAUACAUUUGCAUAUUAUGCUUCAUUUAAGUUGAAAAAAAAUGGUGAAAUCAAGAUGCAUGACCGAUUGCCAUACCGCAGACUUGAUCUGUUGAUAUCAAAUACAUCCAGUUAACGGUAGAACUACCAUCGCUAAAAAUCAUCAUUUCUAGAUGUCAGAAGAUUUUAGAAAUUAGUUGUAAAUCAAUUGAUAUGGAUGGGUUGGAGUAUGGGUAAUCAUAAUGUCAAAGGUCACAGUCUUUGGCCAACUCACUGCAUGCCAAAUUUAACAGAGCCCCAUCUGGUGGAAGAUCCAGGAGAGGACAACUCUGUCCAAUCUUCUGUUGCCCUGCAACUGGACAAUUUAAUUAUAAAUAAUGACCAUGAAGAGUUAGAGAAGUUUAUCAGAGGUACAAAAGUGGAUGUGAAUGUAGAAUUGAAUGAGAAAAAAGAAACAGCACUGACUCUCGCUGUCAAACUCAGUCACAAAGAAUGUGUCAAAGUGAUAGUCUAUUGUGAGUCAUGUUUGAAGAACUGCCUCAACAUUAACAAUUGUUCAGCAUUUGAUAUGGCACUCAUCACUGCUUUUGACAAUCGUUUGGAACCAAGGCAUUCAAUUUGUUGGGAAAUUAUCAAGCUGCUGAUGAAAGCGAAUGCGGAACCGAUGUGUAAAGAUGCGAUGAUGUACAUAGUGCGUACAGCAUUCAAGUACCAAGAUGAUCAGUUUCUGCAUAAGCUGAUUGCAGUGGCUCUGGAGUGUUCCAAUUCUGUUAUGUUUCACGAACUUCUUCUUCAGAAAUUACACCGCCACCAACCAAUCUAUGUGGACUCGAUUGACCCCAUUCUUAUGGACAUGUCUGAUUUCAGCAUUAAACUAUUAAAGAUUGCUCCUCCUUCAGAGCUAGAAUUCAUCAUCAACUCCAUGUUUUACUACAUGGAAUCCUACUGGCAGUCUCGCAGGAAUAAAUUCAAUACGUUUUACAAACUGAUUGUGUACACGAUAGCUGCAGGCUGGGUGUGGCGGAAGUCCAAUGUAUACCACAUCUCGAGGUCCUGCCCACACCUUGCCAAGUGGUUGAUCCAACAGAUGAAGACCCCGCCCUCUCUGGCACACCUCUCUCGUGCUUCGUUCCGACGUCAUGUUGCCACUCCAGUUCCUGUAGCCAUUGACGGAUUUCCCUAUGCCAUUCCUGAAUCUCUGAAGCAUUAUAUCCUGAUCCAAGACAUGGAUGAACUCUGUAACUCAGGAGCCGUAAAUCUGAAUGAGGUCGCCUUUUAAUCUAGUCAUGUACACAAAAUGUUUUAAGCAGUGUCACAAAUUUUAACAGAAGAAUUAACAAAAUUAAAUGAUCAUUACUGAAAUUUACAGAACUUGAAGAUGUAUUUGGUGUCAUAAUUGUAUGGGAAAGGGAAAACAGUAAUCUUGAAUUUGAUGUGGAUCAGUAAUAGCAAUGCCUUCAUUUCAAAGGUGCUAGUUUAAAACUUUUAUAUAUUGUAUCCUUUUCGUUGAAAAUUUUAAUAUUCAAUUGCUUAAAAGUCAAAGCAUGCUCCAGAUAGAGUACAUGUACUAUAUUAUAUUUGUCUUCAAAUUCAGGUGCCACUGAUGAGUCAGAAAUUUGUAAAGAUGGGCUGAGCUUGAUACCCCCCCCCCCCCCCUGGGCUGAGCUUGAUAUUCCCCCUCCCCCCCUGGGCUGAGCUUGAUAUCCCCCCUCCCCUGUUCCUUUUGAAUAAUCAGUGUCCUUUGCUUCACACUGGGCUUUAAUAUGUAUUUUAUUUACCAGACGUAUUCUUUUAUGUACUUGGUUGAACAGUUUGUCUUUCUCAGUGAAACACCUUAUGUUGAUGCUCAUUUGUUUGUAUUCUUAUAAACCAUCUCAGGCAUAUACAGCUGGGAAUGUUUUAAUUAUGUUACUGUUUUGUGUGAUUUUGUUUUCAGUGAAGAAAACCUGACUAACUGAAAUUUACUGUAUAUUAGGUAAUUUUGAUCCACUGGAAAUGUUGGGCGUUUUUUUUGCCAGAUGAGGAAUAUUCGCCAAAAAUGAAUGCGGCAAAAUUUCUAUUGAUAUAAAUAAUACACUUAUUGUAUGAAAUUGUGCACAAAAAAAAAACCAAACAAACAAAAACAACAAAGUGCUAUAAAGAUUUCAAACUGCUUUGUAAAGGAAAAUCUGCUAUAAUACAUGUAUAUUCCCAAUGCCAACAUUACCCGCUAUGUGGUAUAUUGUUUUCAGAGGUCUGGUUGAUGUUUUGAUAAUGACAAAUUUUAUAUGAACAUGGAAUGUGUUUGAAUGUUGCUUAGGUAUGUUAACUAAGGGAAUUGAUAUGUUAUUCAUAUAUAUUUAUAUAUCAAUUAUACCUAUGAAUUUUUUUUGUGUCAGUAUAAAAGUGGUGUAAUAUAUAUGACUUCAUUGUA